AUGGGUAUUUCACUCUACUACUCCGUUGGACAAUUUUAUGACGAUGCAAGGCAAGCUACAAGGUGUAUUCUUGAUAAUGGGCGUGUUCCCAUAGUUACUAGUGGCACUGGAUUGUACUUGCGAUGGUUAAUAUAUGGAAAACCAGAUGUUCCCAAAGCCUCAAAAGAGAUCGCAUCUGAAGUGUCUUUUGAGUUGGCAGAUUUAGAAAGAAAUGGACACUGGGAUGCAGCUGUGCAGUUGGUGAUCAAAGCAGGUGACCCUAAGGCUCAAUUUUUGGCUGCUAAUGAUUGGUACCGAUUAAGACGCAGCCUGGAGAUCAUCAAGUCUAGUAGAUCACCUCCAUCUGCCUUCGAAGUACCGUAUGAUUCUUUCCACAAAGAAUGUGAUUCUAGUGUAGUAGACACUAAUGACAUUAGUUCCUCUGCUGAUGUUGUGGAGGAAGUUAAAUCAAAGGAAUUGGACUAUGACUUCAUUUGAUUUUUCCUCUCAAACCAAAGGGUUGAUCUAUACAGAUCAAUUGAUUGGCGAUGUGAAGAUAUGGUGUCAGGAACUGAUGGUAUCUUGUCUGAGGCUAGAUGGCUUCUUGAUGCGGAUCUUAUUCCAAAUUCCAAUUCAGCAACCAGAGCAAUUGGUUACAGAAACUUUAUUAUUAUUCAAACAAUCAUUCUUGAUUUUUUUUUCAUUAGAAUCUUAUGCACUUUGUUAUAUCAUGUUAUUAUUGUUUGCAAUGGAUGGUAACACUCGGAAUUAUUUCAGGUUAUGGAGUAUUUGUUAGUGUGUAGGGAGCAAGGAGGUAGUUCUUCACCAAGAGAGUUCUACAACUUUUUGACUGAAUUUCAAAAGGCAUCUAGAAUCUCUUGAUGUACUUGAGAAUUGGGUUUUGGAAUUGUUUGGUAACAUCAUAAAAGGUCCCCAUGUAAAUCUGGAAUUCAAGGCAGAAGGUCCAAUUUGGAAAGCUGGAAAACUUUAUAGGCUAGAGGCUGUUAAAGAUGUUCAGUGGGAGAGGAGAGGCAGCAGCCAAUACACCCAAGCGGAUAUUGAUCAAGUGCGAAAUAAGUGGGGGAAGUUUGUUGUCAACACAUGAGCAAGAGUCAUGAAGUAGCGCGCUUGUUGCUGGUACAUUUUAGAU